AUGAAGUUUGGUCGCCGUAUCAAGGACUCGCGCUACUCGGAGUGGGCAGACGAGUAUGUCAACUACUCUGCCCUCAAGAAGCAGAUUAAGAACAACCUCCCCUGGACCGACACUGCAGAGGCCGAGUUUCUCGUGUCGCUGCGCGCCGAGCUCGAGAAGUGCGAAAACUUCCAGCGUCAAAAGGCCCAGGAGGUGACGUCGCGUAUCGAGACGCUGGAAAAGGAGGUUGUGUCGCUCGUGGCCAAGGCCUCGGCCGAGGACAGCAGCGACGACGACUCGGAUACCCACCCCGACCACCGCUCGCCUCGUGACGCCGAGGAAGGUGUCCACGACCACCACGACGACGGAGGUUCCGACGAUGACGAUGACGACGAGGACGACGCCAUGCACGACGAGGACACGGACCACAUGUCCCUCGACGAGAUUGAGGAGCGCUUCAAGGAGCUCGAGGAGGAAGUUGCCGUCCUCGUCGCCGACGUCCACGACCUCGCCCUUUUCACCAAGCUCAACUUUACUGGGUUCAUGAAGAUUGUCAAGAAGCACGACAAGCUCACUGGCUUUGCCCUCAAGCCCUCGUUCAACAAGGACUUCCUUGAGAAGCACCCCUUCUACAAGAUGAACUAUGACCCCGUCAUUGUCAAGCUCUCCAAGUUGUUCGACCUUGUCCGCACCCGUGGCCACCCCGUCGAGGGUGACUCGGCUGCUGGCGGUAGCCAGAACGCGUUCGUGCGUAGCACCACAAAGUACUGGGUCCACGAGGAGAACAUUGUGCCCCUCAAGCUCAACAUUCUCAAGCAACUGCCCGUGCUCGUCUUUGACCCCAACAAGGAGUUCUCCAUCAAGGACUCGGCCAUCACCUCGAUCUACUAUGACAACGAGGACCUCGAGCUGUACCUGGGACGUCUGGAGAAGACCGAGGGUGCCGAGGCCAUCCGUAUGCGUUGGUACGGUGACGUUGACGGCAAGGUCGUCUUUGUGGAGCGCAAGACCCAUCGCGAGGACUGGACUGGUGAAAAGUCGGUCAAGGAGCGCUUCACCAUCAAGGAGGACAAGCUCAACGACUUUUGCGCCGGCCGCUACACCAUGGACGCCGAGUUUGACGAAAUGGUCAAGAAGGGCAAGAAGACUGAAAAGGAGGUCGCUGGCAUGAAGCAGCUGGCCGACGAGAUCCAGUACGCCAUCAUCACCCGCAAGCUCCAGCCUGUCAUGCGCUCGUUCUACAACCGUACCGCCUUCCAGCUCCCUGGUAACGCCUCGGUCCGUAUCUCGCUCGACACCGAGCUUACCCUGGUCCGCGAGGACAACUUUGACGGCGUCGAGCGUACCGGUGGAAACUGGCGUCGUACCGACUUUGGUAUCGACCACCCCUUCCCCACCGUCAAGCCUGCCGACAAGGACCUCUUCCCUUACGGUGUCCUUGAAGUCAAGCUCGCCACCCGUGUCGGCGAGGAGCCUCCCCAGUGGAUCCGUGACCUUGUCAACUCGCACCUUGUCGAGGCCGUCCCCAAGUUUUCCAAGUUUAUCCACGGUUGCGCUACCCUGCUCCCCGAGCGUGUCGACCUGGUCCCCUUCUGGCUGCCCCAGAUGGAGCAGGACAUUCGCAAGGCCCCCACCGCCCGCUCGCGUGUGCUUAUUGAGCGUCCCGUUUCCGCCCCUCACAGCGCCGACUCGCAGUCGGUGCCCCUGUCGCCUGCCAUCAGCGCCGACGGUCCCAGCUACCACGAGCCCGUCUCCGAGGGCGAGGACGACGAGUACCUCGUCUCGGCGUCGGCGUUCAACGAGGACGCCAUGCUCCGUCUUCCCGCCGACGUCCAGGCCGAGGCCAAGGCCGCUCGCGAGCACCGUGAGCGCGCGCUCCUCGAGUCCAAGAACGACGCAAAGGGCGACGACUACAAGCGCCCCGCCGCCAAGCAGUACCGCAAGGGUCUGCGUGUUGACCCCCUCGUCCCUGCCAACCGCUUUGACAACUCGGUCUCGGCAUUUGACGCCAAGCUCAAGGCCGCCGCCGAGCAGUCGGACGACGACGAGCUCGAGGAGGUCGAGGAGGAGGAGCCCGACAACCGCGUCGAGCUCACCCGCGAGUUCCACGCUCCGGCCGGAAAGCGCAUCUCCAUCCCCAUCCGUAUCGAGCCCAAGGUCGUGUUCGCCGCCGAGCGCACCUUCCUCAAGUGGUCGCACAUGGCUGUCCUCCUCAGCACCGUCUCCAUCGUACUCAUCAACUUUGUCCCCGCCGACGACACCGUGGGCUUUGUCGCCGCCGGCUGCUUCACUUUCACUGCCUUGCUGGCAGUCGCAUAUAGCGGUAUCAUGUACGCCCUGCGUAUUCUCAGGAUACGCAAGCGUCUCGCCGUCGACUACCACGACCCGUACGGCCCCACCAUCCUGUGCUUCACCCUCAUUGCGAGCAUGAUGGUCAACCUCGUCCUCCGCGUCCGUGCCCUCUAG